AUGGCUGCUCCUGAUCUGCUCCCACAACAAAAAUAUGAUGUCUUUCUUAGUUUUAGAGGUGAGGACACCCGCCAAGCAUUUACCAGCCAUCUCUAUGAUGCUUUACAAAGGAAGAAAAUCCGCACCUUCAUAGAUGAUAAACUUGAGAGAGGAGAUUCAAUUGAACCUUCCCUAGUGAAAGAAAUCAAGCAGUCGAAGCUUUCUGUUAUCAUUUUCUCAGAAAACUAUGCUUUUUCGCGAUGGUGCUUAGAUGAACUUUGGCAUAUACUAGAUUGCAAGGAAAGAAAUGGACAGUUUGUUAUACCGGUUUUUCACAACAUAGAUCCAUCACAUGUACGAAAACAGCAGGGAAGCUAUAAAGAUGCAUUUGCUUAUCUUUCCGGACGUUUUGAAGACAACAAGGUAAGCAUGUGGAGGCAAGCUGUGACAACAACAGCCAAUCUAUCCGGGUUUACUUCACAAGAUAUCAGGCCCGAGUCUAAAUUAGUUGAGACUAUUGUCAAUGACAUCUCGAAGAAGUUGAGUCGUUACUCGUCAAUUGACUUAAAAGGAUACGUUGGACUUGAACCUCACAUUCAACAGAUUGAAUCAUUGUUAUGCAUGCACAAUCAAGAUGUUCACUUUCGUACAAUAGGUAUUUGGGGUAUGGGUGGUAUUGGGAAGACCAUCAUUGCUGAUGCUGUAUUUCAAAAAUUCUCUACUCAAUUUCAUGCUUGUUCAUUUCUUCCGAAGGUUACUGAAAAAUCAGAGAAAGAUGGAUUAGAUCAUUUACGAAACAAACUUCUGUGUGACUUGUUAGAUGAAAAGAAUGUAACUAUAGACACUCCAUCUAUAGGAUCAGUUGUUGUUAAAGACAGACUUUCUCGUACCAGGGUCCUUAUUGUUCUUGAUGAUGUGAGUGAGUCAAGACAUUUAGACUUUUUACCUGGAGAUCAAGUUCAGUUUGGUGCUGGAAGUAGAGUCAUUAUAACAACUAGAAAUAGGUGCAUACUGAAGGAAAUGGUGGAUGAUGAUCAUGUUUACAGGGUGAUGAAACUAGAUAGUCCUGAUGAUCUGAAGCUCUUUCAAUUGAAAGCUUUCAAAGAAAACUCUUCUAGAGAAGCUUAUUCAGACUUGUCCAGAGAGGUGGUAGAUUAUGCUAAAGGCAUCCCAUUAGUUCUUACAGUUUUGGGUUCUACAUUCCGUCAUUGCAAUAGCAUAGAAGAAUGGGGAGAUGAAUUGAAAAAGUUGAAGAAAUUUCCCAACAAAACAAUCCAUGAUGUGUUGAGACUAAGUUAUAAUCGACUAGAAGAUAAUGAGAAGGGAAUAUUUCUUGAUAUUGCAUGUUAUCUCAAAGGGGAAAAUAUUUGUGACGCAAAAAGAAUUUUAGAGAUACAUGGGUUCUGUGCAUCACGCGGAAUUUCACUUCUGAUAUAUAUGUCUCUUAUAUCAAUUUCAAAAGACAACCGCUUAGAGAUGCAUGAUUUGGUGCAAGCAAUGGGUUGGUUAAUUGUUCGUGAACAAUGUAUAGAAGAGCCUGGAAAUCGCAGUAGAUUGCGGAAUGAAGAUGCUUAUCGAGUACUGAAAAAUAAUACUGGAACUGCAAAAGUUGAAGCUAUGUUCCUGGAAAUGUCUAGCAUUCCAGAGCUACAGUUGAGUCCUGCAGCCUUCAGAGAUAUGUAUAACCUGAAGUUGCUAAAAAUUUGGGCAUCAGAAAAAAAUUCAUCAUGGAGAAAUAUGAAUACAGAAGAGCAGCAACUGGUCUCAUUUCCUUUGCUUCAUGGGGCCAAACGACUGCUGUCUUUCUUUGCCAAAUCAAAAAAUUGUAGUUACUUAUUGCAAGAGUCGCACAAUUUUCUUCGCAGUUUCAUUGGAACGAAAAGUCUGGAAAACUUGGAUGGUGGCUCUCAAAACAGCUCACGUAGCCUAGUGGACCUGCUUCCUGAAGGUCUCGAGUCUCUUCCGGAACUUGGAUAUCUCCAGUGGGAUGGAUACCCUUGGAAAUCUUUGCCUUCAAAAUUUUCUCCAAUCAACCUUGUUGAGCUUAAUAUGCCUGGUAGUGCAGUUGAGCGACUUUGGAAUAAGGGCCAGAAUCUUGAAAACUUGAAAAGGAUGAAUCUUAGAUACUGCAAACACUUGAUUGAAGUUCCAGAUCUCUCUCGUUGUCUCAAUAUUGAGACGGUAGAUCUUCUUCAUUGUGAAAGUUUGGAUGAACUUCCUUCUUAUUUCAAAACUCUUGACAAGCUUACUCAUCUGAAUUUAGGCUGGUGUUCACAGCUUAAAACUCUUCCUGAGAUACCAUGCAAUGUGUCAUACUUGCGUUUAUCUGGGACUGCAAUACAGGAUAUACCAACAUCGAUUUGGUCUCACAAAAAACUUGAUCUAUUAGGUCUUAGUUAUUGUAAGAACCUUAAGAAUCUCACAAGCACUGCUUGGAAGCUGAAUUUGCAUGGUGGUGAUCAACAUCGAAUUGGGCCACGGGAAUUACACUUGUUUGAAUGCAAAAACCUUGAUUCUCUCCCAGAUAGUAUCUAUUGUUUAAACCGUCUGGAAAAGCUCAAUCUCAUAAGCUGUAAGCAACUGAAAAGAUUGCCUCCCCUCUCAGUUGGUUCGUGCUCUUUGACCAGUAUAAACCUCAGUGGCUGCAAUCUAUUAGAAGUUCCUGAUGGUCUCAUUGGCCUAUCAUCGUUACAAGAUAUACAUCUCAGCGGAACUCUGAUUGAGAGCAUACCUGAAAACAUCAAACAUGCUUGUCGUCUGCGCAAGCUGCACUUGAAAAAUUGCAAGAAGCUUCAAUCUAUACCGGAGCUCCCAUUGCUCUUAAGAGUUGUGGAUGCAGAUAACUGCACGUCAUUGAAGACCGUGGCAAGGUCUACACUUAAGCCACAGCGGUGGGAUCAUCAAGAUGUUGGAGGUCUUAAUCACUGUCCUGUUCAGGAGAGACUUGUGUUCUCUAAUUGCUUCGAAUUGGAUGAGAGUUCAAGGAGCAGCAUAAUGAGUGAUGCAGUGCUCAGAAUUAGGCGAUUGUCAUCAUUGUGCGAUGGUGCUGAUAGCAAGAUACAAAAACUCAUCGUCAUAUCAGCAGGAAAUGUAAUUCCAGACUGGUUCAGCUAUCAAGCUGAGGGAUGUCAAAUAGAUGUCAAGUUUCCUCCACAUUGGUUCGAUACAGCGAACUUCUUGGGUUUUGCUGUAUCUGUUGUGUUUGGACUUAACAACUUUGAUGAUGAUGAUAAUGGCUUUUCCAUGACAUGUAAGUGUAGUUUUAAGACCUGCCAUGGUGACGACUAUGAAUACAGUUACAAACUCCCAUGGGUUCAAUGUACAAUACCAGAAAGUGUCCAGUCAGAUCAGGUGUUGGCACUCUUCAACAAGGACACAUUUUGGCUUGAAGGAAACAAACGCAGAAGUACCCCCAUUCCUUUGGACAAGGUAACUGAGGCGUCUUUUCACUUCUACCAAGAAGCAACUUCUUACGAAAAUUUGGAGAAACUGAAGGUCAAGAAGUGUGGGAUCCAAAUGUUGUAUAGCCAUGUAUGA